AUGGCUGAUCAAGAUACGAAAAAAUUAUUCGAACGUUUAUCAAAAACAGUGAUACCAACACAUUAUGAUUUAACUAUUCAACCAUUUAUUGAUACAUUUAAAUUUAAUGGAGAAGUAAUUAUUCAUAUACAGGUUAAAGAACCAACUGAUAGUAUAAUAUUAUAUGCAGCUGAAUUACAAAUUGAUAAUGCAAAAAUAAUAUCAAAUUCAAAAGAUGAAUUAAAUGGUACAAUUGAAAUUGAUGAAGAAAAUGAACGUUUAAAAAUUACUUUCAAUAAAAAACUUGAAAAAAACGAUUAUCAAUUAUCAAUGAAAUUUAUUGGUGAUAUUAAUAAUCGUAUGGUAGGUUUCUAUCGAAAUCAAUAUACGACAUCUGAUGGAAAUAUUCGUUAUGGAGCUAGUACACAAUUUGAACCAGCCGAUUGUCGACGUGCAUUUCCAUGUUGGGAUGAACCGAAUUUUAAAGCAACAUUUGAUAUUACAUUAAUUACACCGAAAAACCUUCAAGCAAUUUCAAAUAUGCCAAUUAAAUCCGAAAGUGAAUCUGUUGAUAAUAAAGAAUGGAAAGUAACAAAAUUUGAUCGUACACCAAUUAUGAGUACAUAUCUUGUUGCUUAUGUUAUUGGUGAAUAUGAUUAUGUUGAAACAAAAGAUUCAAAUGGUAUUAGUAUGCGAGUUUAUACACAAGUUGGUAAAAAAGAACAUGGUACUUUUGCUUUGGAUUUGGCUUCAAAAGUUUUACCUUUCUAUGCUGAAUAUUUCAAAAUUAAAUAUCCAAUUGCUAAAGCUGAUCAAAUUGCUAUACCAGAUUUUGCUUCGAGAGCUAUGGAAAAUUGGGGUUUAAUUACAUAUCGUGAAAUAGCUCUUUUAAUUGAUCCAAAAUCUUCAUCUCUGACUGUACGACAACGUAAUGCAAUGACUAUUUCACAUGAACUAGCACAUCAAUGGUUUGGAAAUUUAGUAACUAUGGAUUGGUGGACUGAUUUAUGGCUUAAUGAAGGAUUUGCUAGAUGGAUUCAAUAUCUAGCUGUUGAUAAAUUUUAUCCUGAAUGGGAUGUUUGGACACAAUAUGUUGCGGAUGUAUUUUCACAAUUUCUUGUACUAGAUGCUUUAAAAUCAUCACAUCCUAUUGAAGUACCUAUUGGUCAUCCAUCUGAAAUUGACGGAAUUUUUGAUACUAUAUCAUAUGCCAAAGGUUCUUCGGUAAUUCGUAUGCUACAUGAUUAUAUUGGUGAUGAUGCCUUUCGAAAAGGCCUUCAUAAUUAUUUAAAAGACUAUAGUUAUAAAAAUACAGUUACUCUUAAUCUAUGGUCACAUUUAGCUAAAGCAUCUGGUAAACCAUUAAUUGAAGUUAUGUCAUCAUGGACAUUGCAAAUGGGUUAUCCACUUGUAACUGUAUCUGAAGAACAACAAUCGAAUAAAACUCGUAUAAUUAAAUUAACACAACAACGUUUUAUUGCUGAUGGUAGUAAUGAUGAUGAAAAUCUUCAAUGGACAAUUCCUAUAACUAUUUCUACAAAGUCUAAUCCAAAAUCUAUUGCAAAAGAAAUUUUAAUGGAUAAACCUGAAAUAACAAUAACAUUAGAAAAUAUUUCAGAAGAUGAUUGGAUUAAAUUAAAUUAUAAUUCAAUCGGUCUUUAUCGCGUUAAAUAUGAACCAAAAACAUUAGCACGUCUUAAUGAACCAAUUGCUAAUAAAAUACUUAGUCCACAAGAUCGUCUUAUGAUACAAGAUGAUGUUGCUGCUUUAUGUAAUGCUGGUCAUCAAUCAUUUGUUGAUUAUCUUAAAUUAUUAUUAUCUUAUAAAGAUGAAGAUAAUUUUACUGUUUGGAAAUCAAUUGCAUCGACUAUUGGUAAUUUAUCAUCUUUACUUGAAUAUACUGAUUAUUUUGAUCAAUUCAAAAAAUAUCGUUUGAAUCUUUGUUCAUCUAUACAAAAUAGAAUUGGUUGGGAUGCAACAACUAAUGAAAAUCCACUUGUGGCUAUGUUACGUCCAAUCAUUUUAACCCUUAUGGGUAAAUCAGGUGAUCAGGCAAUUAUUGAUGAAGCAAAAAACCGCUUUCAACAACAUAUUAAUGGAAAUUUAAUUGAUCCAAAUAUUCGUCCAGCUGUUUAUGUUGUUGUUUCACAUUAUGGAGAUGAAAAUACUCAAGAAGAACUUCAAAAAUUAUAUAAAGUAGCUGAUAUGAAUGAAGAGAAAGUUCGUUUACUUACUGCAAUGGGACAAUCAUUGAAUCCGGCUAGUAUUGAAAAGACUUUACAAUUUGUAUUUGAAGGCGAUAAUGUUCGAAUGCAAGAUGCAUAUAUAGGUUUUGCUGGUUGUGCAUCAUCUCGAGUUGGUCGAGAUAUAGUUUGGAAAUUUUUACAAAAGAAUUGGACAAAACUUGUGGAACGUUUUGGAGAAAGUAGUGUCUUUCUUAUUUAUUUUGUUGAAUCUUGUUUAUCGAAUUUUGCUGAUGAAAAACUACUAUCUGAAAUUGAAUCAUUUUUUCAUUCAGCUAAUACAUCAACUGUAACACUUGCAGUAAAACAAGUUAUUGAAACUAUACAAAUGCGAUCGAACGUACUGAAACGAGAUUCGAAAGCAAUUGAAGAAUAUUUAUCACAACAAUAA